CAUACGUCGCUGUUCGCCGUAGCCUGCAGGAGCAGACGACAUAGUUAUACCGCCGGGGACUGUGUCGAUUUUCGUCUGUUUAUGAGACUUUAUUUUAGAAAUUUCUUUCAACCAGCGAGCGAAUGAUCUGAAAUGGAUAAAGGUGUCUCGUGUGGUACAGUUUUUGUCGGUUUCUGUCAGAAAAGACCUCGUUUAGUUAGAUUUAAUCGGUGCAAAGAUCGCACUGCAAAGCACCCAUAAGCCUUUGCGUCUGGUAUCAAUUCUCAGUGUUAUAUCCUCGGUUUGUCUAGAGCUGUACCGAUUUUUAUAGUUACCUCUUCAUUUUAAAAAGUUAUUGUGCUCGUUAAAAUCGUGUGAAAUCAGAUCCUCUUUGCUAGCUUUAUCUUAGUACUGUCAUAAUUUUGGUAAGCGCGACCGAUUUCUGAUAACUAAAGUGGCGACUGGACCCACUACCACACAACAGCAAUCUUCAGCUUCAGAUACGGAAUCCUGUUGUCUACCUAUACUAAAUUGGACAAAUGUUAUGGGGUGUUUUGGAAGUAGUGCCACUUCAAAAGCGGACCAGGAAGAGACUAAAAAAGGGAAAGAAACAAAUAAAAAGAUAAACCAACAGCUGCAGAAGGAUAAACAAGUGUAUAGAGCAACGCAUAGACUCUUAUUGCUUGGUGCUGGAGAAUCUGGAAAAAGUACAAUAGUAAAGCAGAUGCGAAUACUUCAUGUAAAUGGGUUCAGUGAAGAAGAAAAACGACAAAAAAUAGAAGAUAUUAAGAAAAAUAUAAGAGAUGCCAUUCUGACUGUAACCGGUGCAAUGGGCACGUUAACACCACCUGUUCAACUAGAACAUGCAGAGAACCAGGCGAGGGUCGAUUAUAUCCAAGACGUGGCUUCUCAGCACGACUUUGACUAUCCACCAGAGUUUUACGAACACACGGAAAUCCUUUGGAAAGACAGGGGCGUUCAGGCAUGUUUUGAAAGAUCUAACGAGUACCAACUAAUUGAUUGCGCCAAAUAUUUUCUCGAUCGGGUCCACAUAAUAAAGCAACCAGACUAUACCCCCUCAGAGCAGGACAUUCUUAGGUGUCGAGUUCUCACCUCAGGAAUUUUCGAAACCAGAUUCCAAGUUGAGAAAGUCAAUUUCCAUAUGUUCGAUGUUGGAGGUCAACGUGAUGAGAGGCGCAAGUGGAUCCAGUGCUUCAAUGAUGUGACAGCAAUAAUCUUUGUGACGGCAUGCAGCUCUUACAACAUGGUACUGCGGGAGGAUCCCACACAGAACAGGCUGAGAGAAUCGCUCGACCUUUUCAAAUCCAUAUGGAAUAACCGAUGGCUCCGCACAAUUUCAGUUAUUCUUUUCCUCAACAAGCAAGACUUGCUUGCCGAGAAGAUAAAAGCAGGCAAGUCGAAACUCGAAGACUACUUUGCAGAAUUCACGCGGUACCAGACACCAAUCGACGCAGCUCCUGAUCCUUCCGAGGAGCCCCACGUCAUUCGCGCCAAGUACUUCAUUAGAGAUGAAUUCCUGCGCAUCAGCACAGCUUCUGGGGAUGGCAAGCACUAUUGCUAUCCACACUUCACUUGUGCAGUUGACACAGAGAACAUCCGGCGCGUAUUCAACGAUUGCCGCGACAUCAUUCAACGCAUGCAUUUGCGCCAGUAUGAGCUGUUGUGAUUAGCGUUAUCGGCCACCAUCUUAUCGUGCUUAUGCGUACCAUCUUCAUCGUCUAUUCCUUCAUUAUGUUGUGCGUCGUUGUGAAUGUGUGACACAUACGCGUUAGCUUCUUCUAAAUAAUCCUCCUCUCACUCAACUGACCUCUCUCAGUUACUUACUACAUCUUCUUGUGUGAAAUGACCACAACCAUCAUUGCUUCAAAUCUACACCACCUAACUUCUGUUCAGUAACUUCAUCAUAAUAAUAAUUUAGCCCGAGUGUAAGCUACCUUCUUUCUCCCUACCUUCUUCUUUCACCCUAUCAGAUGAUAACCUGAUAAACAAACUUCUCCAAUAUUCACCAUUCUACUAGAAUGUUCUCUACUAAUCUGUCAUUCAUCAUGUCCACGAAUCUCGCUAUUUAUAAUUAUUAUCUGAGUAUGAAUGAUAACAACUCUGUUCAACGGCGCCCCUAAACAUUUCAAACUAACCUAGUCAUAAUCAUUCUUUGGGUUUGUGCUUUCAAUCAACUAAACUCACUAUGCCGUUUAAUUGCUUGGCGUUUCGAUCACCUGUUUAUCUAAUGUAAAAUCAAAACUGCGCAAUCUCAUACCAGACUUUUCAGGUAAUCUAGUAAAGCCGGUAUUGCACUUGUUUGUCAAUAAUCAUUUAUAUCGGACCUUGAAUUGCGUGUGAACUGUAUCUGUGCUAAUGGCUCUUAUACCAGAAGGGCUUCUGUGAUGAAAUCUCCCAUUUGACUUGGUAAUAUUGUUCUAUGUAUUACAGAUGUAGUGUUAUUUUUUGCAAACAGUUUCGUAAUCUUUUCAUAUUUGACCAUUUUUACUAAUCUCAUUCCAAAAACUAAAACUGUUCAACAUAAACAUAAUAUAACUUAUGUUCUUGAAAGCGUUUGCUUGAAAUUUCUCAGUAAUGUCGUUGCAAAACUUAACUCAACCAACUAAUGACUACUCCUUGAUUAUAGUCAUCUUUUCAUUGUUUGUAAUAACAAUUAUAAUAAUGAUAGGAAUAACGCUAAUAAUAAACGUUUAUCAGGGUGAUUUAUGUAACUCACCAAUAUGGCUGAGCAAUGCUAAGUUUGUUGCAGUUGUGCCUGUAGCACAUAUUAGACGAAGCUCCAAAUCUGCAAAAUCUUGCUGUCACAUUUUACAGAUUUAUUCCAAGCCUUCACGACCUCUCAUAGAAAAUGGUAGAGGGAAAAGCUGAUGAGUAGGUAGUAUUAGGAUAUGUGUGAAACUUGCAGUUGGUUAGCUGUAUUUCAGCUGUAAAUAAUCGAAUUCUAUAUCUCUGGAUCAAAAUGAAACUUCAAAAAUGUAUCUUAUCUAGUUUAUCUGACACCGUUGUUAACAAAUUUAUUGGAAGCUACACAGAUGUUACUAGUUUAUCAACGAUAGAUGUUUUUGUUGUUUGAAAAAAUUGCUACCUUUCUGUUGAAUGGAUUCAUUUUUAUCGACGAUAAUGAAAUCAACUAAACCCAGUGAACAGAUUAAAGUCGGUGAAUUUUCAGUAGAAUAUUUCAUUUAUUAUCGACUAUCGAUAAUGGUUUGUAGAUUGCCAAGUUCAUGAUUUUGUAGAACACCUGAAUCAUUUUUCUCUCAACACUUGAAGGAUCCACAUCGAAGUCAAUCAACAACGUUGCCAUAUUAACGGUGUUUAGCGGCAAAAUGUUAUCAUAAAUUCAUUGAUAUUUGGUUUACUGCGAAAUCAAUCAAUCUUCAAUUUUUCAUCCGUAGGUGGCUAUUAUCAUCAUUUUAGUAAAUUUGAGAAUUUUUCAUCACCAACAGUAAAAUAAGUGUUUUCAACAUCAUACAAUUUUGUUUUGUUCGCCUGUAUCAUACAAACUUGCAUUUUUGUAUCUCAGACCAGACUCUUCACCUCUAAACAAGUUGUACUAGAAUUUGUAUUAGAAAUAUAGUUGGAAUAGCUUGACAUCUACGAAUAAAAUAAGGAGAAUUUUCAUCAGUUCUUUUUCGAAGUGGUAGCUGAUUUAGCAAAUGCAAAAUCACAACUAUCAACUUCAAAAGUUGAAUAACGAUAAAAAUGUGUCCGUCAUUAUUCUUCUCUUGAAUUGUAAAUUUAUUGAGUAAGAAUAAUUAACCGUGUAAUUAUAUGAAAAAUGAGCAAUGUAUUAACAGUCGCCUGUGUUGAACUGCCCAGAAAAUUCUUGUCUGUCUCCCAUUACCAUUGAAAUUACUGUAGGGUCAGGGUACAUAGAUUUUUUAUCUGUAAGGAAUUAAAUAAGUUCUUACCCAUAAUUUUUACCAUUCCAAAAUCUGUGUAUAGAAAAGACGUUGUGACAGGUUUAUUUUCAACUUUUGUAAUUAUGAAUUUUCUAGACGAAUCUGGACGAUAUCAACAUUGAAAGUUUGAUUGAAUAUUUUUACUUUUUUAUUCGAUUCUCUCAAUCUUCAAAAUACAAUCGUAAGGAAUUGUACUGAUUGAUAAAGCAUCACAACAUCAUCUUCCUUUGGAAGUUUGAUUUGAAAUUUUAUUAAUUCAGAGCAAUAUUAAAUGGUUUGAAUGUGUUGUAUGAAGAAAUCACAUUCACCUAUUUAUUUUCCCAGAUUUAGACACCUUUGCAAGAAUUUUUAAAUCUUGUUUUAGAUCACUUAUUAUUUUUGUUUUCGUCUGAAAUAGAUGAUUAUCAUACAUUCCCUGCUUCGUUUGCCGAUUCAACUAACAUCUCGUCAUUAUUAUCUAACAGAUCGAAAACUUGAUUUAUUGCACUUUCAUUUGUCCACAAAAUUCUGUUAAUUUUUAAAAUUCUUAAUUUUGAAAAAUCGAGAAGAUUUUUUACUGAUAUGGUCUAAUUUUGAAUAAGAUAUUUAUGAUCUGAUGAUAUUUGUAUUUUUGAGGAUCCUGAAUAUAUUAAAAGACCGUCAGAAACUAUAACCUUUUCAUAUGAUAGUAAAUAAAUAAUCCUAAAAGAAAGGUUUUGUUUCUAACCUUGUUCUAAACAAACUACCCAAACACAAAGAAGAUGAAAACUUUGAGUAAAUGAGAGUGUGAAUGUUUGUGUUGUGAGUGUGCUAGUGUAUGCGAGUGAGAGAGAUAGAAGAGUAAGAAAGAGGAGUUUAUGAUCAUGUAGAUGAUUCUAUAUAGUAUGUCUGUCCUAGAACUCAACAUUUAAAUUAGUUGAAAAUACAAAUGAAGGAAAUGAUCUAACUUUGAAAGAACUGUCAAUAUGAAGUAAAUGUCUUAAGUUCUAUAUAAUUAUUAUAAUCUGCAUAGAGAGUGUCCGUUCGUCUGUCUGUGUGUCUCUGUGGUUGAUUAUGUAAAUAAGAUUAUAAUGUUGAUUAUUUUUAAUUCUAUUUACUGUAUUAUCAAAUCUGAUUACAAUUUCAUUUUUCAGUAUUUAUAAUUUUUCUAAAUAGGUUUCUUUCUCAGGUUUUGUUUUGAAAGAUGAAUAUCUUGUGAUGCUUCUUUUCUAAUCGUGUCGUUGAAUUCGUUCCAUGCACAAUUGUUGAGAGAGGAGAGACAUUGAAAGUUAAAUAUUUGGUUCAGUAUAAAAUAUAAUCCAUAUAGCCGUAAAAAACGACUAAAAAAACAUCGGAUUACUCGUUGAAACGCGGCAAAAUCCUGAUGGAUAUUCUGUGUACUCCCACACUUGAAUCACGAAAAAACUGCUGCUUCUCCUCACCAUUCUUCAAAACAGAGACUAACUUUUAAAUAAGAUGAUUCUUAGAUCUGCUUAAUUGGUCUUAUCUUUCUUUCUUUGAAUAAAGAUAGACAAUUCUGCACAGGUUUACAUUGAUGGAAUUAAAAAAAUACUAAUUACAAUACAUUGAUGGAAUUAAAAAAAUACAAAUUACAAUACAUUUUCAUCGCGUAUUUUUAUAAAUUUUUUUAAACUUUUAACCUUAUUAACUUUCCCGAAGUUAAUCAACUUUUCGAUAUUGGAGAAUUUGCAAGCCUCAAUCAUCCAUGCUGGGUGAGGUGCCAUGAGGUGCGCAUGAGAUUUCCAUCCAACUUGCCUGAAGAAUCUGUUGCUCUGUUCAGCCAACCGGAGUCAUCUGGCUAAGUGGUCGUUUGUGAUGCCACAUUCUCUUUGGUUGUCACCCAAAGUACAGACUUGUCCAACGCUCCAUCCGUAUUCGACUUCCUUCUUUUGGGACUGAAAGAUAGAUCCAAUGAAGAAGCCAGAGAAUUUUGUUGCAACAGACAACAUUGUCUGCUCCAAAGUUCGACAACUUGGGCUGAUUUCAACGUGCACAUUUCAGCUGCGAAGUAGUCCAUUCUAUCCUCUUAUAAAAGGUAGAGGGUACACAGUAAUACUGGCGUGUCUGAGAUUUGCAAUUUGGAAUUUAUAGUCCAAGUUGUCGGAAUUUGGAGCGUAAAAUUUUGCCUGUUGCAUCAAAAAACACCGCAAAUUCGAUGAAGACUCUCUAGCUUCUUCAUUAUAUUCAUCAUUCAGCCCCAAAAGAUAGAAUCCGAAUACGGAUAGAGAUUUUGACAAAUGUGUACUCUGUGCAACAUCCAAAGAGAAUGUGGCCAACGUGCCACCAACUACCAGCGUGUCAGAUGACUCAGAAAAAUUAAUUGCCCUGGUGAAGAAGCUGCACAUGGAUGAUGGAGGCGAGAAAAAUCUAAAUAUUUUACCAGACAAGGGGAUUCUCAGUGAGCCAGCUAUAAAUAGCUGAUCCGUAAUUUUUACCACUUCACAGAAAUACUUUAAUAUUAUUUCAUUCAUUGAAUAGGCUCUAGUUUGACCGACAUUGUUGAAUCUAGAUUCAAAUACUGCAAAAUGAUUGUAUAAUCAAUAUUCAAUAAAUUAUUUCACCUUAUAAUACUGUAAUUAUAAAUUCUGGACCUGAAGAACUUCUUUUUUCUCUCUCAACAAAAGUGAUAUAUUUUUCCUUCAGCAUAAAUUCAUGGAACGAUUAUAUUUUUGUAUACUAUAAUCUUGAGGCGCACAUUUUCAUAAGAGAAAUUACUACGUACACAAAAAUGUUCAAUUAGAAUCCAAAGAUAUGCUGGCCAAGCGUAACAAUUGAUUUCUAUCUAUUUUCAUCAAAUGGCAUGGUUUUAGUAUCAACACUCAUACUAUCAAGUUUUCUCUUCGUUUUUCAAACCUUAAGAAUCUUCUGAUCAUUAUUGUAUUUAUUUAAAAAAAAAGUGAACAUCAUUUGAUCCUCCCUUCAAAGUAGAUAAGCAAGAAGCAAAACCAAACGAGAUGUUUGCUUCAAAGAGUCUCUUGUUUGGCAUCUACAUUAGUUUAACAACUAAGAUAUUAGUGAGAAAUAUUGUGUACUUAUAAGAUGUUCUGUCUCCUUGUAAUUACGCCUCAAUCUAUAAUUUUGUAAGUUGACAAAAAUUUUGAACGAGUGUUUUUAAGCUUGUGUAUUAAAUUGAUUCAUGACUUUGAGUGAUAUCUAUAGAUAAAUCCUGUAUGUAACUAAGAGUUUUAAUAGGAAAAUUCAGACAAACUGUGUUUCUUUUGAUUUCAUCGUUUAAAUGUAUUGUAUAUGGGUGUAUUGAUAUUUUAAACCAAAUCAUAUAAUUGUGAUUAUUACCGUAUUCGAUUUUUUUACCAAAGGAGCAGUUUUUUGUUAGUGCCACGAUAUUGUAUCUUGCUAUUGUCACCACUUGAACGCCGUGAAUUUGAUAUCUGUAUCUUAUAAUGUGUUUAAUGUAUUGUUUUGUGGUUACAAAUCUCGAUAGUAGAUGAAUAAUUUGAAUGCAAGUAUGCCUUACUCAGACCAGAAUAAAGUGUGUUAUAUAUAUAUAUAUAUAUAUAUAUAUAUAUAUAUAUAUAUAUAUAUAUAUAUGUAGAACUCCGAUCUGUUCAUGUACUAAUAUCUACUUCAGAUCGCCCAGUUUUCUUGCUCUUUUAAUUUGGAUUAUUUGAAUUCUUUUGAGAAUAUUAUAAUACGUAUAAAUUAUAUUUCUCUUGUAAAAGUAAGAUGGCGCAAUAUUUGAAUAGGUUCUUUCUUUCCUGUAAAUAUGUGUUAUUUUUAUAAUAUCACCAGACGAUUAUGAAGUAUAUUUACAUGUUCUCGGCUAUUCAAGUUUCAUAUUUUGUUGUAAAGUAGUUUUAUCUAGCCUUUUCAUGCGUGUUCUAUGUUACUUACUAUUCUGCAAACACCAAUGUAUGUUCAGCAUCAAAUUGAUUUGUGUCAAAGAGGAGUACAAACUUAUAAAGAGUGAAUUCUGUUUGUACAAAACGUGUUUCUGUGUACAAUCAUUAUUGUAAAUUGUCGAAAUGUGUUGUUUGUCCACUAACAUGAGAAAGUAUGAAUAAUGUAGUUUGGUUUUGGGCCUGGGCCUUUCCAUUCAAAUUACAAUGCAACCAUAUAAACCUGUGCAAUUUAUCUAUGUCCAUUAGUAGUAGCAAGAUACUUGUAUUCUUAAGUAGCCUGAAAUGAUUAAUGCUGUAACCUCUUUUAUCGGUCUCUCAGGAAGUGAAUUAGAGAUUUAUGAAGAUACCUUCUCAAAAGUCGGGGUUUUAAACGAAAAAACCUUAUACCUUAUAUAAUAUCGCCGUGACAUUUUUAUUGGCCAAACAUACAAUUAAUUCUUUUAUUUUAUUUGGCAUUACAGAGAAUUAAGAAAAAUAACAAUAUUUUACUAAAUUAUUAUUCAUUAAUAUUUGGAGGAAACUCAACUAAACUUAGAUUCGAUUGCACCAUGUUUUUUUUUUUUUUUUUUUAAUAAACCGAGAAUUUUAUCAUUUAAAUUGGAUUGAUUUACAAUGUUAAGGUAUUCUUAUUGUUGGGUUGAAACUUGUUUCAAUUGCCAGUGACACCCAUCAUUUUGUCGAUGAAAUCAAGAUUAAUUCAGAAUAAAAUCCAUUGACAGUUGUAACGUUCAUAUCGAGCAAUAGAUAACGGACUUUUCUCGGUAUCUCUGCACUGAUUUUGAUGGCGAUAUUAUUGUUAGAAACCUCAACUGCUUCACAGUAGCUGUAAAAAAUAGUUGAAUCAACAUGUUUUACUACUCGUUUAUAACAGCUAUCUUAUUUUUGCCAUUCACCUCCUGCAAAGUUUAGUUGAUUUUAAGUAUGGUAAACAAUAGCCGGCGUAGCGGUCACUCUUAUACACGAAUGAUGAAGAACUGUGGCAUAAAAUUCAAGAAUGGUUCUCGAUUAUAAUUAUUUUCAAGCUUCUUUCACCUUUGUUCUUCUAUGUGUAUUGUAAUACAAUUAUUAUUAAUAUUAUGUUCAUUAUUAUUAUUCUUAUUAUCAUUAUCAUUAUGGUCUAGAUGAUAAAAUAAUGUAAAUCUUCCGUUCUAUUCAUUGUUAUAAUUAAAUAAUUAUUGUUAUUUCAGGUGUGUAUUGAAUAAUUACUAUUUAGUAAGUUUUUUGUGAUAACACUUAAACCAUUUUGGAAGUGGUUGGUGAGAGGAAGGGAAUUUUUGUGGGGGAGACCAUUUUUGUAUUUUGCUGUCACUUUGAUUGUAAACGAUUAUUUAUCAUAUAUACUAUUAGAGGAAAUAUUAUACGGUCAUUGGUGUGUUUGAAAUUGUGUAGGAUAAUUAAGUAAAUAGGUGGAUGACCCUAAAAUUAUUCACCUUGAACAUCAUAAUCACUUCUUUUGAAAUCUAGUCCAAAAGUAUAGAGUAUAGUUAUUUCUUCAAAGCUGCUAAUCUAACACAGUUCUCUAAUAUUUCAGCAAUAAUUUGCUAUGCCUUUUACUGUACUUUUCUAUUGUCCUUGAAUCUGAAAACUAGGAAUCGAAAAUUUCCCAUCGAGUUACAGUACUCAAAUUUCCCAAUUUAAUUCUUCUUAGGAGGCGAACACAAGAACAUUAUAAUAUAUCAGACUAGUUGAGGUUUCUUGUGGAGCAUUUUAUGCAUUUGUAUCCUGACCCCGUUUCUCUAAUCAUCGAAACUAGUAUUUACCAACUAGUUGUUAUGAUUGUAACUGUUCUACUCUCUACUUUCCCUAAACACUGACUAUACGCGUGUGUAUUUCGAUGUAUUUAUGAACAAUGAUAUGUGUGUAGUUUUAACCCUAACAGACUGAGUAGGAUAUAUAAUAUAUGACCAUACUUCUUUCACGGUAGUGUCAUUACUUUGCUUUUAAUGAAUAUUGAAUGAAGAAUCUACUGAAGUAUAAAAACAAUUUUAAAUUUGGUGUUGUGAAACUAGAAUUUGUAUCCCAAUGUAUGGCUAUUCAAAUUUCUUAUGUAUAUUAAUGUGACAACCAAAUUUCGGUUGUCAAAUCUCCCUCACGACAACUAAAAUGUUAUGACAAAUGUUUUGACAACCGGCACCAGAACGUUUCCAAAGAGAUUCUCAAUACUAGCAAUAAUUGAUGCCAUCACCCAGACUGCCUAAAAUUUCUGUAUAAGAUCUCUUCUCUAAACAAAUAAUAUAUGUUGGAUCUCACCAUACAAAGAUAAAGAAACGGAUUGGGCAAAAUUCUAAUGAUCGGUUGAUCAAAACUGUUGUCCUCGGCAUAUUUAGUUGCAAAACAUGGACCAUCUCUAAUUGUUUUAUACAUCAAGGUUGCGUCAAUUGAUAGGGUUUCAACAUUUAAUUUUCCCUUGGAAAAAUACUUAAUUUUGGGACAUUAAGUGAAUUGAAAUAAUAUUUGAUAAUUUAGUCGAGCAAUAAUAAAUAAUUAAGAGAGUGUAACUUGAAAAAUGGUUCAGUGAUUAGCUUGAAAGGUACAAAUUAAUACUAACUUGAAGUGAAGUUUAACAAUUGCUAUGUAAUCAGUAGGUAUAAAAUAAAGUUCUGAAUCAUAUUUUUUAGUAUAAUAGAAUUUUAUUAGUUUUUCAAAUUUAUUGAAAAUAUCGGAGGAUUUAUAACGAAGGUUAGUACAAAUAUUGGAGGAUUUAUAACGAAGAUUAGUAAGUUAAGCACAAAUUUUUAUUAAACUUGGGAAGGAAAAUAUUGAAGAAGCAUUGACGCUAAGAGGAAGCACUAACUGCCUUGUUGAAUGUUAAACAUCUCCUCUCACCAUCCACCACCAUUUAAAAAUAGUAGACAUAUUUUUAAUUUCCGAAAAGAUAUGAUCGACGUAUCAUAAAUAUAAAUAUAUAAAUAUAAUAUAUCCCAAUACCUUUUGUUGUAAAUGUACAUACAUUAUUAUUACAGAUUGAUAACAAAUUGUAUUAUUAUUAUUAUUAUUAUGGUAAUUAUUAUUUUUAUUGUAUUUUUGUUGUUGUGAUGUUAGAAUUUAAUAAAAAUAGUCGAAAUAUGUAAUAUAUAUAUUAUAAUAUAUGUAUCUAUAUUAUAAUAUAUAAGUUAUGUAUUAUAUGAAUAUAAAGUGAAUGAUGAUUGAAAGAUCGGCAGUAAAAAAAUUGAAACAAAAUGAGAUAAAUUCAUUUUAUGAUAUUGUUGUCAAUACUAUGUUCAAAAUUAAUAAUAAAUAACUGUCUAAAGAAGACAAUUCAAAAAUAAA